UCUUUACUCUAUUGUAACACUCCUAAGUUAGCAAGUACAGGUCAAAGGUCACAAUAAUACGAUUACAAGAUGCCUAAAGUCAGAAGAAGUCGCAAACGUCCUCCAGACGGUUGGGAGUUGAUAGAGCCGACCCUAGAUGAGCUGGACCAGAAGAUGAGGGAAGCUGAAGUGGAGAGUCAUGAGGGCAAGAGAAAGGUGGAGGCGUUGUGGCCAAUAUUCAAGAUCCACCACCAGAAGUCCCGUUAUGUGUACGAGUUAUAUUACAAGAGGAAGGCCAUCAGUAAAGAGCUGUAUGAGUUCUGUCUACGAGAGAGUUAUGCUGAUGCUAACUUGAUAGCCAAGUGGAAGAAGGUUGGUUAUGAGAAUCUUUGCUGUCUUCGAUGUAUUCAACCAAGGGACACCAACUUUGGCACUAACUGCGUCUGUCGUGUGCCCAAGAGUAAACUGGAAUCAGGCAAGAUUGUAGAGUGUGUUCACUGUGGUUGCAGAGGGUGCUCUGGAUAAGAACUCAUUAGAACUUGUUAUUUCAUUUCUGCCCUUGUAACAUUUCCUCUGUCAAUAUUAUUGCACAUAAAAGUGA